GUUGGUGACGCCUUACGGCUACAAAAUGAGGUAUAUCAACGAAUCUCUGUAUGUGGCACACGUUAAUUCGGUUAGAGGCAAAAUAUCCGUACGCCCUGGUGAGGCAAAUGACUUAAAAGCCCUAAAGACUAUAUUAGAGUAUGCACCGCGUAAGGAUAAUCUCAUUGAUCUGUUUAAAUCCACUCUCUCGUCUCAUGUUCUGCAAGCCUUUACUUUGCUCAGUCAGAACCAACCUAUGGGCGUCGUUGUUCUUGGAUUAUUUUCCAAAGGAGAUGCGAGUCCUGGUCGUAAUUUAAUGUCACUGGCUGGACAUAUGAAUCCAGUACAUCCCCGCCAGUCAGUUCCAAACAUAAGUGGUAAUAAAGAGUUGGAAAAAAUUUACAAAGAUUUGGGUAAUCCAUUCGCGUUAUGGGUAUUGGAGCGUCCAUUGACAAGUUUGCCUAAAGUAUACGUCAACAGCAGCAUCGUGGUUGUUGGUGCCAGUCGCACAGGACUGGCUUUCCUUGAGACUUUGCUGAUGGGGUAA